UUGAAAGCGCUGUUUCCGCGAUUCGGGUGUGUGAAGUAGGAGCUGAACGCCCUGUUCAGUCUUGUGGCUUGCCCGGUCUUCUUUUUCAUCUUACGGACAUCUUCCCACCCCCCACCCCCAGACUUCCAGCGAAUUUGGGGGAGCGAUCAUGUUGAGAGGAAAUCUGAAGCAAGUGCGGAUCGAGAAAAACCCGGCGCGCCUGCGGGCCUUGGAGUCGGCUGCGGGGGAGAGCGAGACGGCGGCUGCGGCUGCCAUGGCGCUUGCUUUAGCCGGGGAACAGGCGCCGCCCCCCUCGGCGCCCCAGGAGGACCACCAGGAGGAAGAGAUGGGCUUCACCAUCGACAUCAAGAGCUUCCUGAAGCCAGGAGAGAAAACCUACACGCAGCGCUGCCGCCUCUUUGUGGGGAAUCUCCCUACGGACAUCACGGAGGAGGACUUCAAGCGGCUUUUUGAGCGCUACGGGGAACCUAGCGAGGUCUUCAUUAACCGGGACCGCGGCUUUGGCUUCAUACGUCUGGAGUCUAGAACUCUCGCUGAAAUUGCAAAAGCAGAGCUGGAUGGCACUAUUUUGAAAAGCAGACCCCUCCGAAUUCGAUUUGCUACUCAUGGAGCUGCCUUAACUGUCAAGAACCUUUCACCUGUGGUUUCUAAUGAGCUUCUAGAGCAAGCAUUUUCUCAAUUUGGUCCUGUGGAGAAAGCUGUUGUAGUAGUGGAUGAUCGCGGACGAGCAACAGGAAAAGGUUUUGUAGAAUUUGCUGCAAAACCUCCAGCACGAAAGGCCCUGGAGAGAUGUGGAGAUGGAGCAUUCUUGUUAACAACAACACCUCGGCCAGUCAUUGUGGAGCCCAUGGAACAGUUUGAUGAUGAAGAUGGACUACCAGAGAAACUAAUGCAAAAGACACAACAGUAUCAUAAGGAAAGAGAACAGCCUCCUCGAUUUGCUCAACCUGGGACAUUUGAAUUUGAGUAUGCAUCACGAUGGAAGGCACUGGAUGAAAUGGAAAAGCAGCAGCGGGAGCAGGUUGACAGAAACAUCAGGGAAGCCAAAGAAAAACUAGAGGCAGAAAUGGAAGCAGCAAGACAUGAACAUCAGUUAAUGCUGAUGAGGCAAGAUCUUAUGAGGCGCCAGGAAGAAUUGAGACGUUUGGAAGAACUUCGAAAUCAAGAGCUUCAGAAACGCAAACAAAUACAGUUGAGACAUGAAGAAGAACACCGUAGGCGUGAAGAAGAGAUGAUACGUCAUAGAGAACAAGAGGAACUUCGAAGACAACAGGAAGGAUUUAAACCAAACUACUUGGAAAAUAGAGAACAGGAAAUGAGAAUGGGUGAUUUGGGUCCCCGUGGAGCAAUAAACAUGGGAGAUGCGUUUAGCCCAGCACCUGCUGGUAACCAAGGUCCUCCUCCAAUGAUGGGUAUGAAUAUGAACAACAGAGGAACUAUACCUGGCCCACCUCUGGGUCCUGGUCCUGCCUUGGGACCAGAAGGAGCUGCAAAUAUGGGAACUCCAAUGAUGCCAGAUAAUGGAGCAGUGCAUAAUGAUAGAUUUUCCCAAGGACCACCAUCUCAAAUGGGUUCACCAAUGGGAAGUAGAACAGGUACCGAAACCCCUCAGACCCCAAUGAGUGGUGUAGGUCCUGUGAGUGGUGGUCCUGGUGGCUUUGGUAGAGGAAGCCAAGGGGGAAACUUUGAAGGACCUAAUAAACGUCGCAGAUACUAAAGAAUCUUUCAGUUCUUGCAAUUAGAGAGAAAAAAACAAUUUAGUGGUAUGCCUUUAUAAUUUUACUUGUUUUCUGAAAGAAAUGGUUUUAUUGUUAAUGUAGUCUUUUCAAAGUUUCUUUUGUAAAACCUGAAGUUUUUGUAUUUUUAUUUCUUUAGUCGUACAUAAUAAGCUUUGUAGUCUAGAGUGGAAAUGAUGAUGCUCAUCAUUGUGAAAGUCAAAUGUGUUUGUGACUUUAGCUAAAUAUAAACAUGCGAUCGUACUGUAAAACUUGUGCAGAUACUUGAUCUCAAUAAAGAAAUCACUUUGAAUAAUUUGAAAUAUUAUUAGUAGUAUGCUCCUUUAAAGUAUUACCAAACUUUGCUGUACUAAUAACAUUUUGGUUGCUUUAACUUAAUAAUGCCAGCUAUUCAAAAAGCAAGAUGAUUCCAUGCUUUUUAGUUAUAAACUAGCAAAUAGCACUGGACUUUGCAAGAUAAGAUGGUUAAUACAUGUUGUAUUAAGGGGUUGAAGGAUAGUGCAACAUCUGAAGAAAUAUACAUUUGUACAAACCAUUAAUGUUCUGUAAAAUCAAGGUUAUGCUGUCUAUGGUUCAAAAGCUAGACUAGACCAGAAAUAUUAAAGUCUCUGUCCUGUGUUCAAUUUUCCAAAUAAAUAUUUUGAUUCUUGGCUAAAGCUGCUUGAAGGCCAAUCUCCUUUGCUUUUAUAGAUAAACUAUAAACUUAGUUUUAAGUAUAUUUGGACCUGUAAUAAUUAACUGUAUGUCAGUUGCAACACUCCAACAUUUGUUAAAAACCAAAUCGUGUACAUAGCAAAUGUACCAAUUUCACAAUCCCUCUCCCCCCCAUCCCCCCACCCCCCCCCCCAAAAAAAAAAGGUUUAGCUUUGCCCAGGAUUUGGAGGGAUUAAGAAGGGAGUAGUUAAAUAGUUUGCUAUGACAAAUUUCAAUUAGAACUUUGCUUAGAUCAUAAUUGGAUUUAUGUUGAGUCUUUUAUAUGAAAGCAUUUAAUUUUGAACAUUUUUCUUCAAGAUUGACAGGGUCUUAAAUAAUGGUAUCCAGUACAUUAUUAAUGUACUGCCAUGAUAAAAUGAUCUUAUCGUCUAUAAAUGCCUUCCAACAUACCUGGGAAAUGUCGAGCUUUUAUGUCAACUUGCCAUUUAGGUAAUUCUCAAUUUUGUAAUCAAAUUUACAAAAGCUUAUUCUUCUACAAAAUACUGCUUUCAUUUUAAAUUUAAAGAUUUACUUAAAAGACUAAGUUUUCGACUGCUUAAAUAGUUGCUUGUAAAACAUCUUUUUAAUGUGUUUCAGAUUAAUUUUUUUUUACCUUUGGAAAGAAAUUAAGUUUUGGGAAUAACAAAUCAUAUACCAAGAAAUUCGUAUCUAUUACCUAUUGGCUUUUAUUUCAUGGUAUUUGCAGUAUCAUAUUAUUGUAUAGGGGUGGCCCAAAAAUCUUAAUGUAAUUAAAACUUAAGCCUUUUGAGUCACUCUUUGUAGCAAUUUUAGAAAUGGAAUGAUUUUCUUCAUUCAAUUUUUAAAUGAUUUAAACUUUUCAGAGGAAGUUCAUCAAAUUUUAUUCUUUAGUGUAGUAUAAUUUAAAAAAAAAUUGAAAUUCAUUGCUCCUGUGCCCUGAAUUUUUCUUGGCAAUUAAAAAAUGUCAUAUUCUUUUUCUCAAUUUUAAUAUUCAGGCACUAUUUUGGGAGUGUGCACUAGGACUAUCUGCACAUACUUAACAUAGGAGAUUAUUUGAACGCCCAAGAUAGAGAAGAAAUAUAAGUAGUACUAGCCUACUACUACGAUUUGGGGUUAUUUUCUAGUGGUGUGAAGAAAUGGCAAAUAUUUACUUUAGAAAAAAAAAUUUUAAGCUUUGUCUUAUAAUAACCUUAUAGUUAAACAUACUUUAUUGUUUGCAUGCGUUUGUUAUAUACUGGACAAUUUUGUGAGUGUCUUAUUUUAUUACAAAUUUGAAAUAGGGUGGGGUGAAAUUUUGUUCUUGGCUAUGAAAUACCAGGUCAGCCUGGGUGCCAUUCUUUGAGAUUCUGUAUGAUUUGAUCAAGAACAUUUGAAAGCCAAUGCAAAAAAUGGGUGUUACAUCUCCUGAACAUCAUAAUGUCUGGGCUCAAGUAUGGCUUCCGGAGUAGAGUUCUUCACAGCCUGUGGCCCUUCACGGAGAAAGUCCUUCUUCAGUACUUAUCGAGUAUAUCCUGGGGACAGUCUGCUUCUGAGUGCCAGUCCAGUGGAGCACCCAUGAACUCUUAGUUUAUGCAUUUUUAGGAUCAUUACCCACAUCCUUGUAUAAUCGAAUAACUUUAUUGUUAAAUUUUUUUCUUCCUUGAAUUAGUAAAAUGUGUGGAAUUAAGGAUUUAUUUUGUCUGCCUCUGUCUAUAAGUUGCAAGAAGUGAUAGUAUAGAAAUAGAAAAUUUAGCAAUGUUAACUUAAAGUGUCACUUAAAUUUGUCAUCUGCUGCCAACAUUCCUUCCUACUAAUUAUAAGGUCAUAUAAAUCAAAUUUUGGCAUAAUGUGGCAGUUCAUUUCUUUUUGUAUAGCUUAUAAUAGUUGUGUUCUAAAGUUUGAAAUAUUCAGCUUUUUUACAUUUUGUAAUAAUUAAUAUGGUCAAAAUAAACAUGCAUCCAUCCUUCUCACUAUUUUAUUUUAGGUGGAAAAA